AUGGCAACAGAUUCUACAUCACUCAAAUCAACCUCAAGCAGCAAACCCAGAACUCCAGGAGUGGACACUGGUAAAAAAGUAGGCUUUGCUAGACCUACGUUGAUCAUUCCUCCCCCUCAAGCAUAUUAUCCGCCGCAGUUCGGUGCAUAUACUCCUGGAGGAAUAAGCAAUCAUUCCCAUCAUUCUCAUGGACACCCACAUUAUGCAUAUGGAAGAAAAGCAUCGAUGUUUAUGAUGCAUCAGUUUGACGGAAUCAAAGACUUUGCUAAAUCUGGUUUAGGAAUUGGUGAAAAGUGUUCAUAUUGGUGUUAUGGCAAGGUAACGAAAUUAAGCAAAAAAUGGUUUACACAUUGCUUCCUGUCUAUAGUGCUGGGGUUAUACACUGUUGGAGGAGCUCUUUUGUUUAUGUACGUAGAAGAUAAAGACCCGGAAUAUAUGCCUAACGAUAAAAAUGGGCCAAUAAAGAAAUCUAAGAUAGCAUGUGAAAUUCCAUCAACAUUGUUAGACCAGAAUAUAAAUGAGGAAAAUUUGACACGACAAACAACAACACAACACAACAAACAGUUACACUGA